AUGGAGGGCUGCUGCACCGUGGCCGUCAGCUUGGAGCUGAGCAGCUCGUUCCCCAUGCUCCUGCAGCUCUCCACCAAGGAGGUUGUGGCUAUCUGGGAUGCUGUGUCCGCGUACAUCCUGACACAGAUGAAGCUGGACAAGGGUGUCCUGCUCACAGGACUUGGGACCUUCGCUGUGCUCCGAGAGCAACUCCAGGGCAAAGAGGAGGCAUAUGAGGUUCGAAGACCAGUCUUCCAGCCGGACAUCGAUGCGUUGCAUCUGGAGGAGCUGGUGUUCCCUACAGUGGUUAUCCCUGGCAAUGUCAAGAUCCAGCCGCUGAACUACAAGUGGCUGUCGCGAGCCACCUGCUUCCCGCAGCACGUGGUGGCAGAGUGCGUGCGAGAGACCGUACGCUUGUACUCGUUCCAACUGCAGAACGGGCGGCGCCUCGCCUUCGCCUUCAAGGACAUUGGCAUUCUGUCCUGCAAAGACGACGUCCUGUGCAUGCGGUUUUAUUACAACUGUGUCACAGGGCUGGAGAGGAAGGCCAGCCGGAUUGCGCUGCUUCGCACGAGGCUGUGGAUGCCAGGUGCAGAGGUCUCCGGUGGAGCAACCACCGCUCGGGGGAUGCAGGCUGCGCCUGCCCAAGCGUUCCCGAGGUUUGAGUUCCUUGUGAUCAGCAGAUCGGUGGCCAAGGCGUUCUCCACCUGGCACAAGAAGGCUGCAGGAAAGCACAGGAUCAGCAGAGCUUCCCAGGGGUGUCCUGACAAGCUGCUGCAGAGGCGCGUGAAGCUCUCCCUGCCCGUACUGCCAAGCCAGGGGCCAGGCACCAGGCAGCCAGACAUGGAGAAGAAGACUUCUGCCAGCGUGCUCCCGCCAUGUCCAGGCAGCUCCCCCAAGACGAAGGAGGCAGGCAGGCAGGAGCCAUUUCCUCCAGCCAGGCCCACCGCUGCAAUCCCGUCCUCCGAAGGCUGCAAGAGAGCGCUGCAGGAGGUCUGGCAGCUGUCUGCAGAGUGGGAGCAAGUGAAGACGCGGUGGCAAGAGCGACGACAGCAAGCGAAGGCAGAAUGGGCGGCGUGGGAAGCCUGGGCUGCAGGGGAGGAUCGCCAGCCACCCCAGGCACUCGGCACUGGAGGCCCUUGGAUUCCCCACCCUCCGGCCCAGCCCAGGAGAAAGGAGGUCAACGAGAGGUGGAGGAAGGCAGAAAACCCUCUCCCAGCAGAGGAGAUGGCAGCAGCAGCCCAGCUGAAGAGACUCCAGCCUGACCACCUUUCCCCACGAGCGGUCCAGGUCCUCAACAGGCUGGAGCCGCACCAAGCGCGGAGGAACAUUUUCAGGCACGUCGCUGAGAACAACAGGCGGCGUCAAGAGCGGCAGAGGCAGCUCCCCUGCACUAGAUGCUGGUACCGCAGCAGAGGGGAAGGUGCCGGGAGCGGUGGCUGUUAGUGAAGGC